AUGCGCACUUGCAUGCGUCCUCAACUAUGUCUCCAAUUCCAAUCUGAUCUUCGCACAUACAGCUCCUCCAAGGUCAAGAGACCUAGUCGCUUCGAUUCCAAGAAGAAGACUAUGAGUCUCGACGAUUUUCUCCAAAGAUCCCGCACCAUUGCCCUAUACCGCAACAUCGUACGAGGAUGCAGGAAAAUCCCGGACCCCACCACGAAGAAGGAGAUGUUGAAGUUUGCGAAGGAGGAGUUUCAGAGGAAUAGCGAGGUUACGGACCCUGUACGUUCAACGGACUCUGGUGGAAUUGGGGAUGAGAGUUGA